UGCGUCUGCGCAACUACGGGCGUAGGUGUUCGGCUUUGAAAUGCAGCGGGAUUUAGUGAGUUUGCCCCUGUCCCCAGCGGUGAGGGUGAAGCUGGUGUCUGCAGGUUUCCAGACUGCUGAGGAACUCCUAGAGGUGAAACCCUCCGAGCUCAGCAAAGAAGUUGGGAUAUCUAAAGAGGAAGCCUUAGAAACUCUGCAAAUUAUAAGAAGAGAAUGUCUCACAAAUAAAACAAGUUAUUCUGGUACAGCUGAGUCAGGCAAGAAGUGCACAGCACUGGAACUUCUUGAGCAGGAGCAUACCCAGAGUUUCAUAAUUACCUUCUGUUCAGCACUAGAUAAUAUUCUUGGGGGUGGCAUACCCUUAACCAAAACAACAGAAAUUUGUGGUGCACCAGGUGUUGGAAAAACACAAUUAUGUAUGCAGUUGGCAGUAGAUGUGCAGAUACCAGAAUGUUUUGGAGGAGUGGAAGGUGAAGCAGUUUUUAUUGAUACAGAGGGGAGUUUUAUGGUUGAUAGAGUGGUAGACCUUGCUAAUGCCUGCAUUCAGCACCUGCAGCUUAUAGCAGGAACACAUAUGGGAGAAGAGCACCCAAAAGCUUUGCAGGAUUUCACUCUUGAAAAUAUUCUUUCCCAUAUUUAUUAUUUUCGUUGUCGUGACUACACAGAGCUACUGGCACAAGUUUAUCUGCUUCCAGACUUCCUUUCAGAACACUCAAAGGUUCGAUUAGUGAUAGUGGAUGGUAUUGCUUUUCCUUUUCGUCAUGACCUAGAUGACCUAUCUCUUCGUACUCGGUUACUAAAUGGCCUAGCGCAGCAAAUGAUCAGCCUUGCAAAUAACCACAGAUUAGCUGUAAUUUUAACCAAUCAGAUGACAACAAAGAUUGAUAAAAAUCAGGCCUUGCUGGUUCCUGCACUGGGGGAAAGUUGGGGGCAUGCUGCUACAAUACGACUAAUCUUUCAUUGGGACCAGAAGCGAAGCUGGCAUUUCCAAAGACCUCAGCAGGUUGGCAACAUUGUACAAAUCACCAAGCCAGAAGGAUGCUACAGUACUAUUUCAAAUCACAGUCAGUAUUAUUUGGUUAGAGUGGGAUUUUGGUGUUAGUGGGCAGUAAUUAUCUCAAGAGAGCAUUUACAAAUUGCUUCUGUUAACUUCUGUAGGCAGCAAGCAUAUUUGAGGACAGCUUUUGACGCUUAGAACAUUAUCCCCAAAAUAGUAGUAUAUGUAAGAAUUCUCUAGUCACAAUUAAACUGAAAUUUAUUCUUAAGAACAGAGGAAAUACUUAUUUAUAGGGGAGUGUGUUCCGUGCCAUGUGUAAUGUCAGGAUAUUAGAUUUUUAAAGUGAAAGUCGUUAAAAAUUUUCAGAAAAGAAAAAAAUACCAGCAUUACUCAUUUUGAUCUAUCAUAGUCAUCAAAUAUAUCCCACUUUUUUCUUUUUUUAUUGAAGUAUAGUUGAUAUGUAAAAUUAUAUAAGUUACACGUGUACAUUAUAGUGAUUCACAAUUUUUAAAGGUUAUACUCCAUUUAUAGUUAUUGUAAAAUACUGGCUAUAUUCCCCAUGUUGUACAAUAAUAUCCUGGUAGUUUAUUUUAUGCAUAGUGUUGUAGUUUGUACAUCUCAAUCCCCUACCUCAUUAUUGCCCCUCCCCACUUUCCUCUUCCCACUGGUGACCACUAGUUUGUUCUCUGUAUGUGUAAGUCUGCUUCUUUUUUGUUGUAUUCACUAGUUUCUUGUUGUUUUUUUAGAUUCCACAUAUAAGUGAAAUAUAUCCCACUUUAAAGUGUUAAUUUUCCAGUAAUUUUACAUCAUAGAAAAUAAAUUUUUGGCUAAAAUAAUGCAUAUUUAUCAAUAGUGUUGAAUCAGAUAUAUUCUUAGUGUCUCAUUUUUUAAGGACAAAAACAGAAAUAGAAGGAGAUUCUGAAACUGAAUUAUCUACUUAGUCUUUGCAUUUAAAAGUGCAUUUAAAGUAUCUAAUCGGGACAUUUUAUUUUAGAGUAUUUAUUUUUAUUGGGGUAUAGUUGUUUUACAAUGUUGUGUUAGUUUCUAUUGUACAGCGAAGUGGAGUUCCCUGUGCUAUACAGCAGGUUCUCAUUAGUUAUCUGUUUUAUACGUAUUAGUGUAUAUAUGUCAAUCCCAAUCUCCCAAUUCAUUAGAGUAUUUAAUUGUGAAAAUAUUUCUAAAGUACCUGAGUAAUUAGUGCAUGUUAAUUCCUUUCACCUCUUCUAAUAGAGCCACUGUAAAGUUUGUUAGGAUUGACUUUUAGAGAAUAUUUUUAUAAUGUACUGUAUUUCUGUGUAUGUGUAUGUAUAAGUAAAGACAUACACAUACUCUAGAUAAAAAUUACCCUAUUGUAGCCCUGGCUAUCUUUGAGGUUUAUCCUCUUCAUUCACAGUGGUUGAUAACUUCUAUCCCAAGAAUAAAGUAGCUCUUUUAUCAAUUACUUUAAAAUAUUUGGAAGACCAGUUGUUAUUUUAGAUGUUCUUAAAGCAUACUUGUAUAUUUUUUCAUUUUGCAGCCUCAGGGAUUUAGAGAUGCUGUUGUUGCUACUGCAUGUUCAUUGCAAACAGAAGGUUCAUUGAAUAUCCGGAAGCGGUCACGGGACUCAGAGGAAGAAAAGGAAUCCAAAGACUAGUCUCAGAGUAUACAUGUGUAUUGAUGCUGUGAGAGAUGCAGUGCUUACAAGUAGUAGACUCGUUACUUUAGAAUAUAAACACUAUGGCGUGAAUGAAUCCAGUCUAUAUUAAGUGAAUGGUGAAUGAAUGGAUCAGGUCUAUAUUAAGUGAAAACACUUAACAAAUAGGAUUCUCUGAAAGUUUUUCUAAACUAAGCAGUGUUCUACAGUUGUAUUUAACCCUGUUUUCAUUUUCAAUAACAUUCAGUAGAGAUGAUACAGUUAUUGUAUUUUGCAAAUGUGGAAAGCUGAUCGCUUGUGGCCAAUCUGAAUUUAACAUUCAGACUGUUUUCUCCUCCUUUCUUUGCCAAUUGCCUAGACAUUUCUAGGAAGAAAAGAUUUUUUUCACAUUCCUAUUGUGCUCUCCUCUUUAAAUGUAGCUUUGAUAAUUCUUAAAAAUGACAUGUUUCCAUUAUGAAGAAAAGCCAGCACCAUGAGUCAGCAUAUCAUUACAUUCAGUUUAUGAGUAGGAUACACAUUUUGGAUGACCAGUCUGAUCUUAGUGACCCCGAUCCUAAAAUCUAAGUCAUUUGUCCAUUUUUUAAUGUUAUUUUGUAACAUUAAAGGAAGGACUUUAGAGUUGUUAUCCCAUCUAGAACAUUGACUGGAACAUAUAUCUAUGUUGUCAAGUUGAUAAGCUCACAGUCAUUUAUUUCUAUAUUUUUGAAACAUGGUGUGAUCCAGUUCUAGGUGUAUUGACAUUUUUCCUUUGAAUAAUCUUAAUACUGCUUGAAUAAAUUAAAAAUUUGGAUUCUUGAGUGGUUUCAAAAUUUAAAAAUGUUUUGGUACCUGGUUCUUAGUGCUUCUUAAUUCAUUUACAAAAUUUACUUUAACUCCCAGUGGAAGAAAAUUAUUUAAGUAAUUGAAUAUUAUAUACCGUGACAACCAUAUUUUCCAGACUUCAGUGACAGUUGGUAUUUCCUGUCCCAGACUGAACACUAAAUUCAUAAAAUUUAAAAAAUGUAAUUAUUCUGUAAUUGAUUAUACAUAGACUAACCAUAGUUGGCAAGGACUUUUUAAAGAAUGAAAAUAGGCACUGCUAACAAUUAUACCAGGACAUAAAUCAGGACUGUCCCAGGCAAAUCAGGCUUAUGGUCAUCCUAAUUAUGUAAGACUAAUUUCAAAUGACUACUUUAGUAUAGGAUAACUAAUUGUAACUAUCUUAUUUUUGAGCGCUUUAAGGCAUAUGGUUUUUUUUUUGUUUUUUUUUUUUUGUGGUACGUGGGCCUCUCACUGUUGUGGCCUUUCCCGUUGCGGAGCACAGGCUCCAGACAUGCAGGCUCAGCGGCCAUGGCUCACGGGCCCAGCCGCUCCGCGGCAUGUGGGAUCUUCCCGGGCCGGGGCAUGAACCCGCGUCCCCUGCAUCGGCAGGCAGACUCUCAACCACUGCACCACCAGGGAAGCCCCAUAUGUUUUUAUUAUAAUUAAUGCAAUCAUUAUAAAAAAUUACCUGUCAUUUUAUAUUCUAUCUACUCAAAUCAUAACGUCAAGAGAGUAAGGGGGUUGUUAAGUGAUAAAUAUCAGUGUUACCAGGCAUCAGAUACUGUUAAGAGAUCAUUUUAUAAAGCAUUAUAACACUGUACUUUAAAAGAACUAUGAGACCCCAAAAUGGAUUAAAGACCUAAAUGUAAGGCCAGACACUAUCAAACUCUUAGAGGAAAACAGGCAGAACACUCUGACAUAAAUCACAAGAUCCUUUUUGACUCACCUCCUAGAGAAAUGGAAAUAAACACAAAAAUAAACAAAUGGGACCUAAUGAAACUUAAAAGCUUUUGCACAGUAAAGGAAACCAUAAACAAGACAAAAAGACAACCCUCAGAAUGGGAGAAAAUAUUUGCAAAUGAAGCAACUGACAAAGGAUUAAUCUCCAAAAUUUACAAGCAGCUCAUGCAGCUCAAUAUCAAAAAAACAAACAACCCAAUCCAAAAAUGGGCAGAAGACCUAAAUAAACAUUUCUCCAAAGAAGAUAUACAGAUUGACAACAAACACAUGAAAGAAUGCUCAACAUCAUUAAUCAUUAGAGAAAUGCAAAUCAAAACUACAAUGAGAUAUCAUCUCACACCAGUCAGAAUGGCCAUCAUCAAAAAAUCUACAAACAAUAAAUGCUGGAGAGGGUGUGGAGAAAAGGGAGCCCUCUUGCACUGUUGGUGGGAAUGUAAAUUGAUACAGCCACUAUGGAGAACAGUAUGGAGAUUCCUUAAAAAACUAAAAAUAGAACUACCAUACGACCCAGCAAUCCCACUACUGGGCAUAUACUCUGAGAAAACCAUAAUUCAAAAAGAGUCAUGUACCAAAAUGUUCAUUGCAGCUCUAUUUACAAUAGCCAGGACAUGGAAGCAACCUAAGUGUCCAUCAACAGAUGAAUGGAUAAAGAAGAUGUGGCACGUAUAUACAAUGGAAUAUUACUCAGCCAUAAAAAGAAGUGAAAUUGAGUUAUUUGUAGUGAGGUGGAUGGACCUAGAGUCUCAUACAGAGUGAAGUAAGUCAGAAAUACCAUAUGCUAACACAUAUAUAUGGAAUCUAAGGAAAAAAAAUGGUCAUGGAGAACCGAGGGGCAAGACGUGAAUAAAGACACAGACCUACUAGAGAAUGGACUUGAGGAUAUGGGGAGGGGGAGGGGUAAGCUGGGACAAAGUGAGAGAGUGGCAUGGACAUAUAUACACUACCAAACGUAAAAUAGAUAGCUAGUGGGAAGCAGCCGCACAGCACAGAGAGAUCAGCUCGGUGCUUUGUGACCACCUAGAGGGGUGGGAGGGAGGGAGACACGAGGGAAGAGAGAUGGGAACAUAUGUAUAUGUAUAACUGAUUCACUUUGUUAUAAAGCAGAAACCAUUGUAAGGCAAUUAUAUUCUAAUAAAGAUAUUAAAAAAAAAUGAGACCCUGAAUAUUGACAAAGCCAAGUGUAUUUUUUUUUAAGUGUAUUUCUUUUUGUUGCAACUCUUUUUAAAUAAAAUUUUC